AUGUUGAAAUUGAUGAAUUCCAACCGUAAGCAAACAUCAUUUUCAGCUGGUCUCUCAUCGUCCUCUUCGUCAUCAUCAAAUGCCACUUCUACAGCACGGAACAGCAACGAUCGUUCACGUGACGAGUUUGCACUUCCGAGUCGUGCAACCUCUUUGUCAGGCCGUUCAUUCCAGUCUCAGGCUGUUCAGCAAGCAAAUGAUUUCCUGGAACUAAUGGCUAAUGGAGAAGCCCUCAAUCUAGGCCUUAAUGGCUAUGGUAUUGGUAGUACAAUGUUCCCGAAUAUGGCCAAUCCACCACAACUGUCAGUGGUUUAUUUGCGUUGUCCAGAGUGUGGAAUCGGCAAAACGAGUAGUGAGGAAAUGGAGGUUCAUAUCAAAAUGGAGCAUCUACAGUGGUUACCGUUCCAAUGUCCAAUAUGUUCUGCUGAACGUGCAUCCGAUCUUCAAAUGCGUGAACAUAUCCACUCAUCUCACAGAAAGAAUUCAAAUAAGUUUAUCUACGUGGACAAUCCGAGUGCGAAACGUCUACUGCAAAUUCUAAUGGAUCGUAGUUUAUCGAGUGCACGACGUCCAUCUUCGACGCAAAACGGUCUGGCACAGUUGAUUGGUAGCUCUAGUUACGGUAGUAGCGAUUCAUCUAGUGCCAAUGGGAGUACAGGAACAACGAAUCGCGAGCGACCGCACACAAAUGGCUCUGAAGAAAGUGUAAGCUUAGAGAUACUUUCAGUUUCUUUCGAUUCUUUUAUCCGUACAGGCGUUGUUAUCUAUGUUAUCUAA